UCAGGUCAUUGUACACCAAAGAAAACACACGUACUAUAUCAUAGUAUUUUUCCGCCAAUGUAAAAGCCUAAAUCAUCACACAGUGGACUUUACGAACUAUAAAAUGUGGUAUGUGUGGUAUGAGAAGCAUGUAACAGUGUCCUCCAGUAACAGUUGGUGUUAAUCAGCCCAGGUGGCAGCAGCACAGACACACAGACACAGACACACAGACAGAUACUGGUCGUGCCAUUUUCCAUGUGCCUUGCUGGGGGCGAGUUUGCGCCCCACAAGCAGCAGAGAGAGCAGCUAUUUUGAAAGUGACCCCUCAUUCAGGCAGCGACCGUGCAGCUGUCAGGAACCAUGACUGAAGAUGACGGAUUCUGUUGUCGUGGAGGGAUAUGCCAGACUCCGAGAUGGAAAAAAGUGGAAAACUAGGUGGCUCGUUCUCCGCAAGCCGUCGCCUGUAGCAGAUUGCCUCUUGCUGCUGGUUUUCAAAGACAAGUCCGACAAAGCUCAGGGCAACAAGGAGAGGGUCAGCGUGACCUUGGAGGAGAUCUGCGGUCUGGAAGUGGGACAGUGGUUUGAAGGUGUGGCGUUUACUCUGACCAUCCUCUGCCUGAACCAGGCUGCUCUACUGGGCUUUGACAGUAAGGAGGCCGUGCUGGCGUGGGACGCCCGCCUACGAUACAGCCUCGGAGAAGUUCACAGAUUCAGUGUUGGAGUCUUACCAGGGACCAAGUUGGAGAGCGGACCUGCAACUCUUCAUUUGUGCAACAACUUACUGGCUCUCGCCCGGGACGUCCCCCCUGUUAUCAUCGGCCACUGGAACCUCCCAGACCUGCGCAGAUAUGGACCUGUACCCAACGGAUUCGUGUUCGAGGGAGGAACAAGAUGUGGUUACUGGGCUGGUGUCUUUUUGCUCACGUCUGCUGAGAGUGAGCAGAUCAGCUUUCUGUUCGACUGCAUCGUCAGAGGCAUCUCCCCCACCAGAGGCCCUUUUGGACUGCGGCCAGUUUUGCCAGACCCCAGUGUUAGUCAGACGAGUUCGGAGGAGAGGUUGAACCACGAGGCCCAGGAGCUGGAGAAACGACUCAGCAUGCUGUCCCACAGGAGCAGCACAGUCUCGUCCUCAUACUGCCCGUCUGCUGGGGGAGACGACCGCAGCAUAUCCGGUUCCUCAGACACAUCAGACACCAGCCAAUCAGACUGCAGCAUUGGCAGCCGGAUGGCCAUUUGGACCGAGCCGACCUCCAGCCCGUCUGAAAACCUCAGCCACGCGGGAGCAAAAGCGGCGUUACAAAGCAUCGAGAAGCUUUCUGUCAAUCAGGGAGGUGGGAACCGGCCUGCCGCCAAGCCCCAACGGCAGCUCCAGGAGAUCGGCCGCCAGAGCUCGUCCGACAGCGGCAUCGCCACCGGCAGCCAUUCCUCUUACUCUGGAAGUUUCUCCUCGUACACAGGCAGCCUGGACAUCACCCCUGGGGAGGACUUUGGGUCUGUUUUCAGCUUGCCUCCACACUUGGCUCAAGAGCUGAGUCCUUGUAGUUGCGCCACGGCACCUGGACAUGAAUACCAAGUACCGACAUCACUGAGGUACCUCUAUGACAGCCCCAGGAGUGUGUUACAGGAGGGAGGUGGGGCUGCCAAAGACAAUGAACCCUCCACCCCAACUAAGGACACUCCUGCCUCUUCAGGCCUCACGACAGACUCUGCAAAGGGGGAUAAAAGCAGCGCCAUGACCUCUGAGGGUCACUCAGAAACUGCUGAAAGAGAAUCAGUGAGUGAACACUUACACGGCUCCUCAGAGGAGAAAACCAAGGCGGCGCCCUCUAGUGAACACCCAGACUCCUGUCACAUCUGCAGCCCAUCUGCCUCCAAAACCAUCGUGACCAUCUGCUCAGUCUGUGGUGGAUUUAAGGGGACACCAAACAUCGCUGCAAGUGGUUCAGCAAUACCUGCCAUACCAGCAGAUCAAAGUGUUGACAAAUCACCAUGCAGACGUGGCGCUGCCAGAGAACACAAUAUUGCGGUGAAGAAAAUUCUGGAGAGACCCUGUGCCUCUCCUGGCUCUGGAAGCAGCUACAGCUCGGAGAAGCCAACAGUGAGGACGAGCGAGGAUUUACCGCUGCCAAAAACAGGAAGAGAGAAAUUAGCCAGUCUCUUAGCUGAUCUGUUAGGCUUUCCAAGCGCAGACAGGCAGCCCGAGGCAAAGACUAACAGACUGAACCUGUAUGAGUCAAUGAGCCCUAGAUUUGGGAAUGAGCUCAAAUCUGCACCAACUGGCACCUGUGCACCAUCGCAAGAUUCACAGCAAGACAAAAGAGCUGUCAUUUAUGAGAACUGCUUAAAGUGUCAGGGAGAGAAUUGCCACCCUCCUCCACGGGUCAUACCUGCGGAAAUGUACCGCAACAGAAACAUUUCCUCUUUACAAGCCUUUCCAACUGGGCCGCACCUGAAGGGAAGCCAAGAACAGGAAGUAGCUGCUGAUGAGGAGCUGCUCUAUGAAGCUGAAGCUGGAUCGCAGAGCGAGGCCGGGCGGUGUCGGUAUGAAGAGAUGAAUGGUCGGACGGUGACCAGUGAAGACAAAAGGCUUAAUAGUAAAGAGGAGCGACGCAGAGCUGAUCCUGCUUAUGAGAUCAUGGAGAGCCGGGCACCCGAGAGGAACUCAGAGGCAGAAGAAAAAAGUAAGUACGAGUCGAUGGGCAACUGCGGUCAGCAGAGGUUCCUACAAGAGACUGAAGGUGCAGUGUUCGUUUUCCCCCCAGAGGCACCGCUACCCGAAAGGCCUCGCAGCGAAGGUGUGACGUAUGUGAAUAUUCCUGUCAGUCCCACAUCCAAGAAGCAGCUCAACUACAUGGAGCUGGAGCUGCAGGAGCCAGGUCCCUGCCCCCGAGGGACUGCUCCACAUCUCCCCGCUCAGAGAAAGAGCUCCACAAAGUACGCCCAGAUUGACAUCACAGCUACAGAGACGGCCCACAAAGUCGGCACGCAGCAUGCCCUCGGUCGGCAGGAGGGCUUGCACACUCUGGAGCUGAGAAGAAAGGGGACACUGCAUUGAUAUCUUCAUCACUAAACUGUUGAUCUCAGCAAGAUGUUUUUUGGUCAAGUCCAGAGUGCUACAUCAAUCUAAAUUUUGCAGUAACAUCUCUGAGGGGUUUUCACUUGAGACUGUACCCCAAAGAUCCUCAGAGGUUUGUUGAGCAAUUCAUUCUCUGCUCUGUUUCUGGAAGUCACUUUGUCUACUCUUCACACACUCAAAUCCCAAAAAACUGUCUGCCUGCCUAAUUUCCAUUCUAUUCUCGCCUCUGAAAUCACAAAGCAACUCAAAGAUAGGGAACUCCUUGGAAAAGUUUGGCAAAGGAUCAGGAGCUAUUUUUCAAUCUUGGUGUCCUUUGUAGACUCAGGCAUUUCAUUAAUGGCAUUAUGUUCAUGCCGGAGCCUCAGGCUAAACAUGGAGGAAGAUGUGCCAGUCCAGAGCUGAGUCACUGGACCUGAUUAAACUCCCAGAGCAGAGGCAUUUCACAGCUCACUCGGGCCAUCCCUAAUAACAUGCAAUAUGCUGUUUUUGUCCUUGGGGGAACAACCAAGGGUGGAGGCAGGAGAGGAGGCAGAGAUGGUUGUUAAUCAGUAAUUUUACAUGUAGUUGCACGAAACCCAUUUUUUAGUAUAUUCAUAUUUGGAGAAACUUUCCUUCCAGUCUUACUCUGAAUGUUGCAAAUUUUAGGCUCACUUUUUUAAAAAACCUGUGUAACUAAGAACAGUAUAGUGCAUGGUGACUUUUUUCUUCAUUUUUGCCUUGGUGUUACAGAGGAUUUGUGUUUAUCUGAAUCUCAAUGCUGCUACUGUUUUUUUUCUCAACUUCAUAGUGCACAUGAAAUAGGAUUUACUUUGGAGAAGUUGUCAUAAAUAAUGCAAAGCAGAUCAGACUGUUAAUCUAUAGAUUUUCUUGACAUUUGCGACAACAAAUGUCCCAGAACUGACUGACUGGCACUCCUUGAUAUGUUAGUCCAAAUUAUGUAUUUUAAAAUAAUUAUUCUAACUUUUUUUUUAAUUCACUGAAGUGGCUAAAAUCUUUUUUUAUUCUUAUUCCUAAACAUGUAUGUGUGCACAUACAUAUUUACACUGACACUGCACAUUUGCAACAAAAAAAGAAGGGGAAAAAAGUAUUUAGUGUGUGUUUGGUAGAGCUAUUUAGUAGCUAGUUUUAGUCUGAUACUCUACUCAGAUUACACUAUUUUGAUAUCUGUAAAUAUAUUUACUUUCUGUUUAGGUGAUGUGGAUUGUAAUGAAAUAUAUAUAUGUUAAGAUAUGAUGUAUGUACAGAAAAGAUGUAUGGAAAGGGUUCAAGGACAGUGCCUGCCUCUUAAGGCACUAUUUUUCAUGUGAUACUAUUUUUCUUGUAGAUUAUUUAUAACAAACUACUGCUUCAAUGUGCACGUUCAGUUUUUCUAGAUACAGUAGAUCAUAUACUGGACUUUUCCACCAUGUACAGUUGUAAACUA